UUUAACGCUUUUGAGGUUUGAGCAAGUUUACAGCUCUUUUGAAACAUGGAGGUUUAGCUGCGGUGUAUUGUAUGUGGAUUGUGUGUUCGUCCGUGGAGUCUCUCCUGGUAAUGUGUAGUUGUUUUGUGAAGUAUUUUGGUCUUAGCCUAGGCGUUACCUAGUGUCACCUAGACCUAGAGCUGCAGGAGCCGUGACGUCGCAGUCCUACUUCGUCAACACGAGGACAUGGCCACGACGGAAUGUGUGGAGGACGCGUGUGUUGAGGUUGUGCACGCGAACGCAGUGACAUCCCCGGGGGAGCGUGAUGUCCUCACUGAUGAUGUUGAGAGUAGGCAUGGGGGUGACGAGAGUCGUAGUUUUAUUCAAACAAGAGCGAAAGAGCGGAAGCACUACACAGAUGAAGACAUUGAUGAUGAUGAGAUUGAGGGGAAGCGCAACUACAAUAUCGAGGAUAAGCUUCUUCGCAGCACCUACAAGGGAAACUAUGUCCAGUACAUGAAGGGACCCGACUUCACCCUGAAGUUUGUCCAGGAGAAUGGCUUGAUGCAGCCAAUACUCUUCAAGGACAAGACCGGGCUGGGGAUGAGGGUCCCGAGUGAAAACUUCAAAGUCAGUGAUGUUAAACAGUGUGUCGGAAGUCGGCGUAUGCUCGACGUGAUGGAUGUCAACACCCAGAAAGGUCUUGAGAUGACGAUGAAAGACUGGGUGCGGUACUACGAGAACACCAGCCGAGACCGCCUCCUCAACGUCAUCAGUCUGGAGUUCAGCCAUACGCGGCUGGAGAACUAUGUCGAGUCCCCCACGCUGGUGAGGCAGGUGGACUGGGUGGACCGAGUGUGGCCGAGGCAUCUCAAGGACUGCCAGACAGAAUCUACCAACAUCAUAGAGAAGAUGAAGUACCCUAAAGUUCAGAAGUACUGCUUGAUGAGUGUGGCGGGGUGCUACACGGACUUCCACAUCGACUUCGGCGGCACCUCCGUGUGGUACCACAUCCUCCAUGGAGAGAAGAUAUUCUGGCUCAUCCCCCCGACAGAGGCAAACGUGGAGCUCUACGAAAACUGGGUGCUGUCCGCCAAACAAGGGGACAUAUUUCUCCCGGACCAGGUGUCGGAAUGUCAGAAGAUCCAUCUCCAGGCCGGCGAUACAUUCAUCAUUCCUUCAGGUUGGAUCCACGCUGUGUACACUCCACGGGACUCUCUGGUGUUUGGAGGUAACUUCCUCCACAGCUUCAACAUCCUACAGCAGCUGCGAGUGGCCGACGUCGAGGAUAAAACACACGUUCCACAGAAAUUCCGAUAUCCAUUUUACAACGAGAUCAUGUGGUACGUGUUGACUCGCUACGUGGAAUGUGUGGGCAAGAAAUCGUACCUGAAAAAACCCGAGAAGAUCGACCUCGAUGAGCAGCCAGAGUCUCCAGGAUCCUUCUUCACCAGCGAUGAUUCCCGGCCACCUUCCCGGAACCCCGACUCCCGGCCGCCAUCCCGGAACCCAGAAGAACAUUCACCGGUCGACUUUUCAAAGAUCAAGCUGGAGAAGGAUGAAGAACAGAAACUGUCCAAGAGCAUCACCAUCCCGCUUACUAGAAUUGAUGAUUCUGGGAUCAAGAAGUCACAAAGUGAUGACGAAUCGUUGAGGAAUUCAAGAUCAGUUCGGAAAUUGUCAACAGACUCGGUGCAUUCUGAAAAUGGUUUUGCUGAAAAUGGUGACAUGGACAAGAGAAGCAGUGAUGGUGGGAGGCGGUGGAUACAUUUGACCAAGUAUGAGUUGGACGGACUUGCCAAGCUGGUGGAGAAGGUGGAGAACUUACCGCUCAACAAACGGGGGGUUCCCAAAGAUCUCCUGGACCCCGACGCGGUGAUAAGGGAUGUCAGGCAACUUCUGGCAGAUCACAAGUACGACAACAUGAAGGCGGCGGCAAGUGGAGAGCCCACGUGCUGGGUGCCGGAAACCACCAAGAAAGUGAAGAAGCUGAAGACAACAACGACGUACGUAGGAGGGAAGACACCAAAAGGCAGCACAGCGAACAAAGUGGCGUCUGGAAACCGGCGGCGACGCACAAGGUGCAAGAAGUGCGAGGCGUGUACGAGGUCCGACUGCGGGGAAUGCAACUUCUGUAAAGACAUGCGCAAGUUCGGGGGCCCUGGCAGGAUGAAGCAGUCCUGUAUCAGCAGGAAGUGUAUGGCGCCUGUGUUGCCGCACACUGUCACCUGCUGCAUCUGUGAGAAGGACGGCAAGAUGGCGAGUGAGGACAACCCGGACGAGAUGGAGACAGUGGUCAUGGAGUGCAGCCUCUGUUGGGAGAUCGUCCAUCCCGCCUGUCUCAAGGAGAAGCACGACUCUCUAGACAGUGAUGGCAUCGUCAACGAGGACCUCCCCAACAGCUGGGAGUGCGCCAAGUGUUGUAACGAAGGAAAACAGGGGCAGCUCAAGCCUAAAACACCUAAACCAGUCGGCCGACCUAAAGGAAUUGACAGUAGACGGUCGUCCGCCAGCAGUGUGGGUGACCUUGACGUGAAGGAGGAGGAGGUCGAGUUGGAGGUGACCUUGGAGGCGACCUUGGACAACAACAACACAAAGAUGGCGCCAGUGAAGGCCGUCGAGGGAAAGAGGGUCACAUCCAAGGAAACACCAGCUCCCCCGAAACCCACGCCCUCCCCAACACCCCUCCCCACACCACCCAAGCUCAUUAAACGAGAGAAACUUGUCCAACAUCGAGUUAGCCAACAGAGGGCGCUGAAGAGAGACAGACUGAAGCAUGUGAGACGUCUGCAAUCGUCCGACACAGUCAAGAGAGUUCUGCCUCAAGUGCGAGCUACCAUCAUCCCAAAGUCUCCUCCUCAGUUCAUCAGUCGGAGCAGCAAACGGGCGUUAACAGACAGCAGCGACGAAGACGACGACGACGAUGAUGACGAUGCCCCUAGUAGAAAGCGUCCCCGCCGAGAGGGCCGCACGCGAGCUCGCAUCAUGGCCGCCUCCCGCACCAAACUACGGCCUCGCUUCUUCAAGACGGCUGGUCGUGGACAGGACAGAGGUGUGGGUCAGCUGCAGACAUCGCCUGCCAAGCGAGGCUGUCAUGGUGGAGGUCAAGGGUCAAGUGGCCAUCAGAACAAAUCACCAAAGGGAAAGGGUUCAAACAGGGACCGAUCGAAUGAAAGGUCCAAUCCCCCAUCCGACAGAGGUGAAGGUCAGAAUCCUGAUCAGCCGGCUGGGUUUUCAGGGUCAAGGUCAAGACGUGGGGAUGGAGCAGGUCCUGUGUGUGAUAAGGAAUUACGGGUAGUGAUUAACAGAUAUGUUGUACGUCCUGCGCCAAUCCCACCGCCAGCAGAUACAGUGGAGCUGGACACGGGAGACGUCCAUGUUCUCAAGCGCCAGAUGUGGAUGAGUGUGUUUAAGAAACUGGAUUUGGGCGACUUAGCCCGGUGUUUGUGUGUGUGUAAGACGUGGAAUCGGUGGUGCAUCAACCGAUGUCUGUGGAAGGAGAUCGAUCUGCGACAGACACGAAUCCGACAGAGCCACCUGGUGGGGAUUGUUCGUCGACAGCCGGAAUCUCUGAUCCUGGCACGGAGUGUCAUGACCCCUAAACAGUUAUCCUGGCUCGUAGUUCGUCUGCCUCAACUCCACCAUCUUGACUUGUCGUAUCUGUCAUGGGGAACUAUUGGCGGCCUCUGCUCCUCUUCCUGCCCCCUCCUACGCUCCCUCUCCCUCAACUGGGCCGUCGGACUCAGCGAGGACUCCUUCCGCGACCUUGUCCUUCCUCCAGCAGACAGGAAGCCUGCUCUCAAGGUCAUCAGCCGCCUCCACAAGGUUCACACGCUGUCAUUGGCUGGAACUGAGGUUACUGACCAAUCAAUUGAGAUCCUAUUGCAGCACAUGCACAACGUGGAGAGCCUGAACUUGAGCUACUGCGUCCAGCUGACCAAUGCCACCGUGGUGGCGCUGACCAAGAGGGACAGUCCCUUGAUGAACAAGCUGAAACAGCUUGACCUCUCAGGAUGUCUGCAGAUAACGGAUCACGUGUUUCACUUCCUGAAAGCAUGCUCCCAACUGGAGACCGUCAAGUUUCACGGCUGUCCGAAAGUCACACGGCAUGCAUGUCAAAAGUUUGUGGAUUCCUACAUCUGCCAUCAGCUCUCCGUACAGGUGGAUAAAAUGAUUAUCACCACGCCUGACACAAGUGAUGGUUAGACAGGCAAUGGUGUGGGAGGGUAAUGUAUAGCGUGAAGCCAGUGGUGUUGAGACCGGCAAUGGUGUAGGAGGGUAAUGUAUAGCGUGAAGCCAGUGAUGGCUAGAGCAGAGGGUAGGGUACAGUCUGAAAUCAAGUUUUAAAUGUUGAUAUUAUUUGUCUUAAUGGUGAUAUAUUCUGUGUAUCACACAAUGAUGGGAGUGACCAUUUGACAAAAUUAAAAAAAAUAAAAUGGAAAAAAUAAAUUGCCCCAAUUUCUUUAAUUUGCUCGAUGAAAAUUAACUUCUUGUGUCACAGAUGCCAAAUAUAGAUCCUGUUGUGCUAAACAGAUUUAAACUAUAAUAGUGGUGGGAGGAAAGUGAGGGUUUGGACUCAGGUCAUGUUGAUAUAAUAAUUUUGAUUUCGGAGUGGAUUAUCCUUGUAAGGGGAGACAGACUGAGUGAGAUAUUUAGAUCUGAUGCGGGUGACAGGUUACUUUAGUUUUCUUUUGGUAAGAAUCCUUGUGAACAGAGGACGCAGAUUCAUUCCAGCAGUGCACGAGAUGGACACAUCCGUAUACAGUUUCCUUGUGAGGUGAGGCCACUGGGUGGAAAGGAGUCUGUGUCAGGUGUAGAUAGGUGACACUCUGUGGGACAGCCGUGUUGGGGAGGCCGUGCAAGGUGGAUAUGUGACACUCUGUGGGACAGCCGUGUUGGGGAGGCCGUGCAAGGUGGAUAUGUGACAAUCUGUGGGACAGCCGUGUUGGGGAGGCUGUGUCAGGUGCAGAUAGGUGACGCUCUGUGGGACAGCCGUGUUGGGGAGGCCGUGUGAGGUGGGACAGCCGUGUUGGGGAGGCCGUGUGAGGUGCAGAUAAGUGACGCUCUGUGGGACAGCCUUGUGAGGUGCAGAUAUGUGACACUCUGUGGGACAGCCUUGUGAGGUGCAGAUAUGUGACACUCUGUGGGACAGCCUUGUGAGGUGCAGAUAUGUGACACUCUGUGGGACAGCCGUGUUGGGGAGGCUGUGUGAGGUGGGACAGCCGUGUUGGGGAGGCCGUGUGAGGUGCAGAUAAGUGACGCUCUGUGGGACAGCCAUGUUGGGGAGGCCGUGUGAGGUGCAGAUAAGUGACGCUCUGUGGGACAGCCUUGUGAGGUGCAGAUAUGUGACACUCUGUGGGACAGCCAUGUUGGGGAGGCCGUGUGAGGUGCAGAUAAGUGACGCUCUGUGGGACAGCCUUGUGAGGUGCAGAUAUGUGACACUGUGUGGGACAGCUGUGUUGGGGAGGCAGUGUGAGAUGUAGAUGCGUGACACUCCCAGCUUAGACAUAGCAUGUCGCUGUUAAGGAGGCCGCGUGAGGUGUGGGGCCAUGUUGGGAAGCCAAGUUAGGUGAGGGGAGUGUCCAUUUUGCAGAAGGCCUUGUCAGUGGAUGGAUGUUUUGAUACAGAAUGACGAUGUGGGUGGAUGAAUGCUAUAUUGUUGUUGGAUGUUGGCAUGAAACGUUCAGAACUGAAGUUGACCAUCCUCAAAUAGUGUUGUCCGUUUUAUUAUGAUAAAUACCCAUUUGUAACAGUGCUUCUUGUUGAUUUCAGUUGACAUGUUAAAAAUAGCCAUCCAUUCAAAUUACAAUCAUGCAAGAGAAAUUUGGCAUUGAGAUGGGGAUAUCCAUUCACAUGUGAAUCUCUCCUAGGGUGGGUCCAGGGUUUGUAUCAUGAUAGAAGGAUGUGAUACACUGGGUGAUGGAGGUGCGGUGAACAUGUGGUGAUUGUGUGCUGCGAGUAGAACUGAUCAUUCAGACUGUGGACUG